GGAUGGACAGAGCUUAGAGAGUGUUUUCAUACUCAUAAAAGUAUGGCUACAGUAAUUCAACAGACAGAACUUCCUCUUCGAGUAGAGGAGUGGACGAGAGAGCAGGUUCAUUACUGGCUGACUGAGGUGAUUAAAGUGGAUAAAAAACAUGCAGACAAGCUGUAUGAGGAAGAAGUAUCAGGGGAAGAACUAGUCUGUUACCAGCCCAAACAUCUGCAAGAACUUGGAAUCAAGCAUGGUCCAGCUGUUAAGAUUAUCACCCGGUUAGAGACGUUAAAGAAGGAACAACAAGAAUCAUAUUCUUCUGACAAUUCCUACACACAGCACACAGAGGCAAGGCUGGACACAACAGUGGAAAACAAAGACAGCAUUUCAACAGAUCAAACACAAAUAUCUAAAAAAAAAGCGAAAAAAUCAAAGAGAAAAUCACACAAAAAAGAAAAUACAGAACUUAAAAGUGCUAAUUCCAUGGACAAAUUAAUACAAUUGGGAAAAGAUUCAAUGGAUAACAUCUCCAAAAGCACUCCAAAAGAAGAGCCACAACCAAAUACACCUGUAAGCGAACUCCCUUCACAAAACAAAAAUAUUCCACUUUCAGAAACUUCUAGUUGUACAUCUUCACAAGAAACCGAACCAACAGAGUCAGCUGACCCUAAAACAUCAAACAUUAAUACUGAUAAAGUAGUUGACGAGGAAAAGCACAUGACGAGGUCCAGAUCCGUACAGCAGUCAUGUAGUCUCUAUCCAUUUGAUCAGAACUCUGCUUCUCAUCGAUACAUUCAAAACUAUACUUUACCACCAGAGACGGGACCAGGUAAUCUGACAGAUCCAGUUCAUGAGUACAAGUUCAUGGGCAGAACAGAUGACAUUGAUGUGAUGAAGAAGAAGUUCAAUAAAGAGGUGUUUCGGUUUGCUGCUGGGUGUAUGAACAGCCGCACAAAUGGAACCAUCCACUUUGGUGUAGCAGACUCCAAAGAUUCUCAGUAUGCUCAUGCUGAGAUUAUUGGGGUCAGUGUUGAGAAGAAGGACACUAUCAUUGAUCAUUUUAAUCAGGGUAUUAAAUCACACUUUGAAGAGCACACACAUGAAGCAAAGACUUGCAUCAGACAACCACGCUUUGUAGAAGUGCUGUGCCCUGAUGGCACACUAUCUGGCAAAUAUGUCAUCGAGGUGGAUGUUGUUCCAUCCCACAGCAUAGUUCAUGGCAAGCUGUUUUAUAUCCAGACUCUGGAUGAGGACAAUCAAUGGAAAAAGAGCAAAGGAAAAUCACUCUUCAUCAGAGACGGAGCUGCGACCCAGGAUAUCUGUAAAAUUGGUAAUCCAAGAAACUUGCAAUCUGAAAUAGCCCGAAUAAGUACAAAAGUAAAUGUUCUGGACAACAUGAGGAAGGAGGCAGAAAAGAGGCCUGAAAGCAAAGGAACGUCAAACCAGGGGGAAAAGCUGAAGAAUCUGUUGACAUGUGGAGGAAGCAGACUGGAUCAUUAUGAUUAUUAUAUCAUAGUAACAAAUAAAAGUCACCCUGAACAACUCCAGCAUCUUCAGUUCAUGACAACAUUGAAACUGUUUUGUGUAUUGGACUUUGAUCCAAACUCUGUAGUAAAUGGGUCCUGCCACAACUACAGAGAUGUUCGGAUUGCAAAUCUUCACAAACCAAGCCAGUUCCAUGGAGAUCCAGGAACAAUAAUUAAAAACCUAAACUUAUACACACAAACAAGCUGGGUAUUUUGUAAUGGCAGAGAAGACCUCAACACUGAAUCUGACAGACCCCUUCAAUCAAACGAAUGGUUAAAACAUAAAGCUGGAGAAGUACAGGACAUGAUUUCAUUCCUCUGCAAUAAAGACACUCUUCCAAGAGGACAAUUCUUAGUCAUAUUCCUCCUCCUCUCCACUGUUGAGGCCUCAGUCGAUCCGAUUUUUGACACAUUCAUGUCAUUUUAUAAAAACCUUGGGGGUACAGAAAACAUAUUAAGUAUUUGCACUUCAGAUACGUCCUUUCAAAAAUGGAGGGAUUUCAUUCAAGCCCGAUGUGAUGAUGACAUCAGUCAGCGGAGCAUAUAUGACCUGGAGCUCAGUGAAAUCAAUGGGACAAUACUGAAACUGGGCCAGAACAAGCAAAAUGCUCAGAGACUUCUUCCAUCUGCUGAGGGCAGUACGGUGAUUCUACAAAAGAAAGAUGAAGACCUUAUGACAUCUCUUGAUAUCCUGUGUGAAAAUGAAUGUGAAAACGAAUACGAUGAGAGUUCUGCAGAAUUUGAAGAGUUCAAAAUUAAAACCGAGUCUGAGUUCUACAGAGGAGGCAAAGUGAAAUGGUGGAACUUCUAUUUCUCAGAGCAACCUGCAGCAAAGCCAUUCAUAAAACGUGACAAACACUCAAAAUUAGAGAAUAGUACCAGAUCUCAGACCAGAAAUACCAAAAGCACUUGUGUCAUAGUGAAUCUCUUUCAUCACCCAGGGUGUGGCGGCACCACCAUGGCCAUGCAUGUGAUGUGGAAUCUGCGAAAAGAAUUCAGAUGUGCAGUGCUGAAAGACAACACCGUUUCAAAGGAAGAAGUAGCCCAACAUGUUGCUCAUCUGAUAAAGUGUGGAAAAAGUGAGCAUUCAUUAAAAACACCAGUCUUGCUACUAGUGGAAGACUCAGAGGAAACCGAAAACACACAAGAACUCAAGCGCUCAUUGAGGACAAUUACAGGAGAAACAGGGGCAAGUGUCAUCAUCUUAAAUUGCAUACGUACAAAAACCCCACAAGACAGACACAACAGAAGUGUUGAUCAGAGUGAAUUCAUUACAGCAAAGCUAUCUGACAAAGAAAAAUGUGCUUUUGAAAUGAAGCUUAAAGAACUUUUAGAUCUUUUAAGAUCUAUAUGUGAAGAUUUUCUGGGCAUCAAAUGUGCAUUUUGGGGAAGAGAGUCUGUGCUGGACAAAAUGGAGCCCUACUCCUGUUUGUUGAUUGAAUUCGGGGCAGAAGAAUACGGGGGAUUCAAAGCAAUUCGCUUUGUUCACCAACAUCUUGCAACAGAAUGUGUCAAACAACUAGAGAAGACACAUAACUGCUCCAGGGCUGACAUAGUUCUUGACAUGCUGCAUUGUGAUGCCUUCUUCAAAACCUUUGCAGUGAAGGACAUUCUUGUUCAAUCGAUGAAAAGCAUGCUGAUCACUCGUCAACGCAAGACAGAAGGUGAUGAGAAAGACACCCUGUUUUCACCACUGAUAGAAGACAUAAACUCAGGAGAAGAUGGUCCGAAUAAAAUACAAGACAUUUUUAUUGCAGCUUCAGAAAGAUUUGAUAAAGACUUCACAAUUCCUCAGGCUCUAGCAAGACAUUUGUACCUGAAAGAGAAGAACUUCGCUGAAGCUAAAAGGUGGGCAGACAUUGCUAAAUCCAUCAAAGAAAAUUCGUUAGAAAAUACAGUUGGACAAGUUGCAAAAAGUGAAUUGAAACACAAACUGGAGUGUAUAAAGCAAGAGAAGAAACCAUGCACAGCUGAAGACUUGAGGGAAUAUCUUGAGUUAGCAAACACAGCCACCAAAGCUUUCAGAAAAGCCCAAACCUUGGCAAAGACAGAUGAUACCCUUGAAACUGAACAGGAACUUCACAGAAAGUUCAGCCCAUAUAAUAUAUCUGGCUACAUGGGUGAAAUCGACACAGCCAUGACUGUUUUUGACAUCGUCAAAAAACUGCCAUUAUUUAAGAAUGGUGAUCCAAUGAAAGAUCAUUACAUCCAGAGCUUUCUCAAAAGAAAACUGCCCUGCUCAAACAUCCCAGUUUCUAAAAAUGAAUCCAGUCAUGAAUUUGUUGCUGUUCUUCAGGACUUUGAAUCUUUCCUUACAUCUUUAAAAUCACAGGUGAAAGAGGCUUUUGACUUCCUUGAAAUUUACUUCACUUACAUGAAAGAAAAGGGAUCUGACAAUAUGAGAGAUGCAAAGACUCGCAAGAGGAUCUCAGAACACUAUCAACAAUACAUCUCUUUAUUCUGCACCUCCGCAGAGGACAAACAAAAAGAGAAAAAGCAGAAACCAACACUGAGUUUGAAUAUGGAGAUUGAAGAGUGCAGAAUGUUCCUAGAGAAAAACAGGGCAGAUACAUUCCCAGGCCUUCUCCAGAUUUUGGAGCCCAAAAAAGUGUCAGUAGAACAGAUCACUGAAAAAUAUUCAUUCAUAUAUAAGAAUUUAGCCAUCAAAACUACAAAGGACAAAACAAAUCAUCUGCUUGCACAUUUAAUCCUUCAGCUGAUUUGCUCAAAAUCAAAGUUAGCAAAAUCCACAGAAGAGCUCAAUGAGCUUUUAAAAGAAAUUCUGCAAGAUGUUGGUACACAGCACCAAUACCCAGAGCCUUUCUACCUUGCCAUACUUUUGCUCUGGCCAGGAAAAAAUGUCAGCAGCACUGGCAUUAAGACAUAUGUUGAUAAAAUCAGAAGCUCAGCAAGAAAGAAUCUCUCCCAUAUGUACCGUACAAGGUCAACCAUUGCACACUUCUUCUUGGGAAAAUCUGAUGGAAUACAGAGGCUGGUGACUAAAGUUUCCCUUGACAGAUCUGUGAGUGUCAGUAAUGUUAAGAAUCGCAACAUUCUCUGGCAAACAGGAGAAAUCUUCAAGGAAAUCUCAAUAAACAGCAAGCUCCUCAGAGUGAGUGGUACAAUUGAACAAGGUGAGGUCUUCACAGAGUAUGGAAAUCUUAAGAUCCCAUUGCGUCCUGCAUUUCUUGGUGGAGUGAGAAGUGGCUACAGCACAGAGAAUGUGUCCUUCUACAUCGGCUUUGCCAUGGAUGGACCACUUGCUUACGACAUUCAGUACAAAGAUGACAGAUAGAUCAUGUAUGACAACAUACUAUGUCUGUUUCUAGUCAUGUAGAGCUCAAUCUAGAAUCAGUGUUUUAAUACACAAAACUAAAAUUAGUCUGUUUGUUUAAAACAGCAGCUCAAUGAAUUUCCAUGUGACAGAUUACUAUUUUUAAACGUUUAACCGUGCUUAACUAGAAAGUGGAAAUUUUAUAUUUAUAAUAUUUUAUA